AUGCCCUUUUCCGUGCUCCAGUGGAUUGAUGACACACAUCACUAUGUCAGAUGUGUAGUUACUCAGCGUAUGGCCACUCUGAGCACAGUAUCAGGGACAAUACAGUCAAGUGACUUGGUGCUUGAUAAGAUGCGAGCAGCAGCACGUGAAGAUUUGGUAUAUGUCAAGCUCCUCGACAAAGUGACUCAUGGUUUCCCUGCCAACCGUGACAAUUUGGACUCUGACCUACUCCCAUAUUGGAAGGAACGUGACAAUUUGUACCACGAUGAGGACCUCAUCCUUUUGGGACCCCGCAUUGUAGUUCCUUCUACCCUCCGCCGAGAAGUGUUGGCUCGCCUACAUGACAGUCACCGUGGCGUGGAAGCCACAAAGCGUCGUGCCCGACAGACUGUAUGGUGGCCUGGUAUCAAUUCAGAUAUCACAAUUGCAGUCAGAUCAUGUGAGCCUUGCCAAGUACUUCUUCCAAGUCAGCAACAGGAGCCCAUGAUGACAGAAGAAGCCCCUACCAAACCCUUUGAGUCUGUGUCAGCUGAUUUUUUCAGUGCAGCAGGGAAGUCUUUCCUGGUGUAUGUUGACCGACUCUCAGGAUGGCCUGUGAUAGCAUGCUGUGGCACUGACACUACAGCAGCCGCCACCAUUAGCUUCUUCAGAAGAUUUUUCCGUGACCUAGGAGUCCCUCUUCAGCUACGCACUGAUGGUGGACCUCAAUUUUCGAGCCGAGAUUUUAACGACUUUCUGUGUCGAUGGGGUGUUCGCCAUGAUACAUCCUCUCCCCAUUAUCCACAGAGUAAUGGUCAUGCAGAAGCUGCAGUGAAGGCAGUGAAACACAUAAUUAUGAAAGUUGACCCUUCUGGUAUCCUGAAUGAAGCUUUUGACCGUGGAUUGUUGGAGCUCCGUAAUACACCAAGUCAGGAUGGCCGCUCCCCUGCACAAGUUUUGUUUGGCCACCCUCUACGUUCCUGUGUUCCAGCCCACAGCUCAUCUUUUGCUCCAGAAUGGCAAUCAAAGACAGAAGAAUGUGAUCGCCGUGCAGCUAUGAGGAAGCAAGCUGCUAAGGCAUUGUACAACUCGCACGCCAGACCAUUACAGCCACUGCAGAUUGGAUCGCUAGUCCGCAUACAAGAUCCUGUCUCCAAGCGAUGGAAUAAAGUAGCUGUAGUUAUGGGACUUGGCCGGAGCCGCGACUACCUUCUCCGGACGCCUUCAGGACGAGUGCUUUGGAGAAAUCGUCGGUUCCUUCGCGUUGUGCCCAUUCCACCCCGUGCACCUGUGGAGGACAAGUGUGAGGAUGUCCCUGACCGCCCAUCCCGAGAUUCUCCUUGCCGACGUAGACGUCGUCAACCCAAAAGUUAUGGCGCCAGACGACGUUCUCAAUGUAUUGCUGCCAGUUCAUAGGCUUAUGAAA